GCUGUGGCAUGUAACUACUAGUAAUUGAUACUAGUACUUCAAGUACUAGUACAGUAGCAAUGAUGUAACUUGGAUCCAAUGCAUAUAAGUACAUACCGCAUCAUCUACUUGGCACGAUGACUUGUUGAGCUCCUGCUUUAGACUACCUACUUGGAGCUACUAGUACUCUUGAAGAUGCUGUACGCUCCGACAACAACGCCGACAGCCCCGAGCACGCUAAAAACGUCGCCAAUGUCAUCUAGCUGCCCUGCUUGUCGCUUCCGACGGCGCACGAGGUCGCUCUUGUCGCCGUAUACGACCAACGCCGGGCGGUCGUGGACGAGGUCGGGAUGCACGAGCACCCAUUCUAGCUUUGGCGCUCCCGUGGCCCCGGGAACCAGUCGUCCCUCCACGAGGCCGACGCCCGACACGACUUGAUCCACGGGGAUGAGUCGCUCUGAGGUGCGGAAGCCGAUGGUUUUGCUCUUGGCGGACUCGCUGAAGAUCGAGAUGAACGAGUCCACAGACGGUUUGAACUCGUCUUCCCCUGCUCGGUACAGCGACCUGAAGUACACCGAGUCCUUUAACAACACCUUAGUCGACGUGGCCGUGAACGGUUCCACGGCAACAAUGCCGCCGGCUUCCGACUCGGACACUUUGGUCUCGGUGUGCAGGAGGACGUGGCCGGCCGCUUCUUCCGCACGCUGGUACGUCGUGCUCGUGAGACGGAUGGCGUCGUGCACGUCGGAGUUCAUGCGACGCAUGAUCGCACUUUUCAACAGCGGCGAGUCGAACGACUUCAACCGGCCUGAGAAGCUCACGUACUCGGUGUGGCGCUCGUGCGAAGGAGUCGCGGGAAUGGAUGCGAUGUCUCUGCUCUCCAAGAUAAUUUGGGUGUCACGCAGAGCUCGGCUGCUCGAUGCUUUGAUCUUGUGCCCAAUGUAGCAGAACACGCCUCCUCCAACGGCUAACCCCACGCCAAACAUGGUCGAACUGUGAAA